AAUUGUUGUGAUAAACUUAUUAAAUAGAUUGAAAUGACAUUUUGAAGCAAGUCAGUGAUUCAUGACAGGACCGAUCCGAUCAAAUCAACAGCUGCACAACUAAUUCGGCUUUAGCGGCUUACACGCACUGUAGCUUACAGGGGCCAUACAUAUCACUAUCAGGGAGCUAUCUAAUCUUAGUGUCUAAGCCCUCUAGCAGGGAUGAGCGGCGGAGUUAACGGGAGAGGCGGAAGUGGGAGUGGUGGAGGGGGUAGGAAUUUGCGCUACCAGUUCCACCCUGGUCGCAACUCAUUCUUCUGCAACGGCAGGAUCAUCAUGGCCAGACAGUACUCGGUGCUCAUAGUCACUCUAUCCCUCAUUACGGGAACAGCCGGGCUCUUCUUCGGAUUCGAUUGCCACUACUUGACGAAGCACGUCUCAGUCGCCAUUCCAAUUGUGGCAGUCAUUCUCUACAUAUUUGUGGUGUCCGUCCUACUACGCUGCUCCCUCUCAGACCCUGGGUUCCUUCCGCGUGCCAGGCCAGACGAAACAAAGUUCAUUGAAGCAAAAGCUAUGGAGACUCUGCCACCGCAGAGUGACCCGAACGUGUAUAGGGCGCCCCCUCGUGUGAUCGAGAUUACGGUGAACGAGCAGACGAUCAAGUUGAAGUACUGCUUCACCUGCAAGUUCUUCAGACCCCCCAGGGCCUCCCACUGCAGCAUCUGCGACUGCUGUGUAGAGAACUUCGACCACCACUGUCCAUGGGUGGGCAACUGCGUGGGCAAGAGGAACUACCGCUUCUUCUAUCUCUUUCUACUCUCCCUAUCCAUCCUCACAGUCUAUAUAUUCGUAUGCAACGUCAUUCACAUGGUCCUCAGGACGCAGAACACAAACUUCCUGGAGACCUUGAAGUACACUCCGGCAACUAUAGUGGAGAUGUUGAUCUGUUUCUUCACUGUCUGGUCCAUCCUGGGUCUGGCUGGAUUUCACACCUACCUCGUGACCUCUUUCCUCACCACCAACGAAGACAUCAAGAGUGCGUGGACUCGGAAGAAGGAUGGGAACGGAAACCCAUUCGGACCAGGGGGCCUCAUAUCAAACUGUUGCGCUACUCUCUGUGCUCCCAUGUCACCAAGUCUGUUGCUUCUCCGUUAUCCAGUUACUCAAGAGCAGAUCAACGAGUAUGAAGCUGAGAAGAAGGAAGGUCAAAAACAGGCUGACAUAUACUCAGAGUAUUACCCGGCAUACGAAACUAACAAGCCAUACCCUGUACAACCUCCAUCGUCUUACAACACCCUCAACGGGUCCUCACACCACAACUCCCAGAUAGUAGUAACGUCAGCGCCCACUUCGCUUCAGCAGCAGACGCACCAUCGAUCGGCAACCAUCACCCACACCUCAGUGAUGGACCAUCAGCAGAUGGCAAACAACGGUGCUAACUCCUAUCCUACCAACACGAACUACUACCCUCAGCAGAUGGAAGUGCCCCUCAAUACGCAGCCAUACCCACCCCCUCAUAUGGCCUAUCCGAGUAUAAUAGAAGAGCACCGUCCGUCGCCAGGGGCCAUGUACACGUGAAGAAAGAGAUGGAAACGAGAAAGGCAUCCGGACAUUUGCAUAUAAUGACUGUUUUACUGCUUCUGAAUUUGAUAAAUGUCUUUUUUAAUUACCUCAAUCAGAGAAGAGCUAAUAUACAUACAAAAUUAGUUACGGCAAUCCAAAAUUGAAAAUGACGAGGGUCAAUGAUUGUGUAACGAUAUGACAACUUUCUUGCAGAAGAGUUAGGUAGCUCAACUGAUUUUUUUUCGUUGUUUUGAACAUAUUGUGAACGCAACGUGGCAAAAAAAUCAAUAU